GCCCUUUAUUUUUCUUUGACUCGCCUCCCUCGGCUCGCUGUGACACGACACGAACCUCGAGGUAGACGAGCCGAGCCCAGCAACAUGUCGGGUUCCUAUGACCGUGCCAUUACCGUCUUCUCGCCAGACGGCCACCUGUUUCAGGUGGAGUAUGCCCUUGAAGCUGUACGCAAGGGUACCACUGCCGUGGGCAUUCGCGGCAAAGACUGUGUUGUACUGGCCGUUGAGAGGAGAUCUGCGGCCAAGCUUCAAGACACGCGCACGGUGCGCAAGAUUUGCAAGCUUGACGACCACAUCUUUAUGGCCUUUGCGGGCCUGACUGCCGAUGCGCGCGUACUGAUCAACAAGACGUGUGUCGAAUGCCAGAGCUAUCGUCUCACGGUCGAAGACCCUCCCACGGUGGAAUAUAUUACGCGCUUCGUCGCACAAAUCAAACAGAAAUACACUCAGAGCAAUGGCCGUCGGCCCUUUGGCAUUUCAGCUUUGAUUGUGGGAUUUGACCCGGAUGGCACGCCCCGUCUCUUCCAGACAGACCCCUCUGGCACCUAUUCAGCUUGGAGCGCCAACUCCAUUGGUGGACCUCGCUCCAAGACAGUGCGCGAAUAUCUUGAGAAGCAGUAUUCUGAAGAAGCAGUAGCAGACGUGGAGGGCUGUCAGAAACUGGCCGUCAAGGCCCUUCUGGAGGUUGUGCAGUCGGGUGGCAAGAACAUUGAGCUCGCCGUGAUGCGCCGGGGUGGUCGUCUCGAGGAGAUCUCUCCUGAGGACGUUGAAGCCGUUGUCAAAUCGGUGGAGGCCGAAAAGCAGGCCGAGGCCGAGGCCAGCAGGGCUCAGGCUCUGGCUGAGGGCCCCCGAUAAAUGAUUUCCAAUAUGGUACCCUCCUGUGCUAUGCGUGGUUGGGGCCAGAAGUGAUCUACACCACCUUGUCUUGUCUGUGUGUUGCCUGCUUGUGACAGCCCUCGUAUUUGUUCGUUGUUUCAUUUGGUGUUUUUUCUCCCCCUUGCGAACUUUUUUUGAGGGGUCAAUCCCCCCCCUUUGAAUACGCUAGCGCGCAUGUCUGCAUUGAUCAUUCGCUUGGGGACGCUGGGGCUACGCCCUCUUCCUGUUUUAUAUUGCGUCUUGUUUCCUGUUACUGAAGGCCUGAGUGUUUCCGUGUUUGGUCGUGGACUUGUAUCUUGUCAUUCCCCAUUUGGAUGCUCAUUGGCUAAAUUGACAUCGUUAAGUUC